UGCAACGAUGGCUGUCUGCUGCUGCACACAAUGUAUGCAAUGCAAAGCAAAAGCACGAGCCACGGACGAAGAAGAACCUGCUUGCCAAUCUUCUUCGGUGGCACUAUCACGGGACUUUACCACUAAUGGUUGCAAAGGCUGAUUGCCGCUCUCGCGACUAACAUGAGCUGCUAUGUCCAAUUUGAGUGUGAGGACGGUUUGGGAAGAAUCGGUAGCUUUGUCACUGGAUGCUGAGUUUUUGAUGACAAUCCAUCGAAGGGGCGAAUUAGGUUUCGUGAUGAGCACAUGAGCGCAAGGUGUAUUGCGGAGAGUUUGCAGUCUGCGUAAGUUGAGAGCGGAGUUGCAGGGAAAAGAGUUCGGGUGAUAUUUGUUUCCGUGAUAUCCUACGGUUGUGAAGCAAAGCGACGACGGUGAUGGAAUUGUGGCAAAGCCCCCUUGUGCCGAUUGGAGCUCCGUAUUCUGUCCUACUUUCUCGUGCGUCUGGUCUGGUCUGGUCUCCAUGGCCCGGGAAGUGAGAGGCUCCCGUUCCUUGCAUUUUGUCCGUUUUUUGAAGUUAUCUGAUUGUGGAUUGAUUGAGUGUGUCAGGGAGUGCCGCGGUAGCACCUCUGCGGGAGGCACGGCCCUGAGAUGAUUGGAUACCUUUGAAAGGCUGAUUUUGUCAUGUCGCAAAUAGUAGGAUUGCAGUAUCUUUGAACUCGAGGGUGUAUGCAGUUCACAUUGAGUUGCGGGGUUCAUCAAUUCAUGUGAGGAGAGUCCAAUUGUGUUUGAGCUUAUAUGUUUAGUGGCACUGUUUGGACCUAUACUUCCAUCUUCGAGGGGGGAAAUUUGGGAAUCUUUGGACACAAUAGGUACAUUGUACGAAGUAAGUCAUCCAGGCUCAACGCGACACCUGUAUCAUUGCUUUUAGUGGCUGCAGGUUACAAAUCAAACUAGAUUUGCAUUUAGGUUCCCGUCAAUCGCAGAUUCCUUAAGACCAUUUUUUGUGAGAUUAUCACGGAAGGAUCUGGACUUUUUUUUUCUUUUUCUUAUUGUUAUUAUUUUUUUAUUUAUUUUAUUUUGUCUCAUUCGCGUCACUAUCUCAGUAACGGAUCCGAGAAGGCAUACUGUGUAAGCGGGAGCCGCUUGUUUCAGGGCUGUGGUGCAAAAUUUUGUGAAGUGAAAUUCUAAGUUUUCAUGCAUUGAGCAUACCAUGGCGGGAAUCCAAGCCAUGCUUGGGGCAUCCACGUUAUACGACCUACAGAGGGACUCUCGUGUAGUUACACACGGUUCAAAGCACUCUCUUCGUCCAUCUUUGCUCAUCAAUCUUGCUCUCAGGGUGACACUUCCCAGCUCCUUUGGAAGACAGAAUUGUCGAAUUACUUGCCAAGCUUCCAGCAGUUCAGGGAAGGAGGACCCAUGGCAGCAGACAGUCUUCCAGCCCGACACAUUUACUCAAUACUCCGGGUACAUUGCAGAGGCCGCCAUUGAAGAAGCUGACCAAUUCAACGAGUACAAUGCAGAUAAGAUUGCUGCUGUUUUUAAGCGCCGGCCGUUUCUGCUGGCAAGGAGGUUGCUUCAGAUUGCAGGGACCCUGGGAUGGUGGGCUGCUGUCCGCUAUGGCGAUACUUUGUUUGGAAAGAAGGAUCAAAAUUUUAAGGAACGGGCGGGGCAACUCCGGCAAGCUCUCGUUCAACUUGGCCCUGCAUUUGUGAAAAUUGCCCAGGCUGUGUCUUCACGCCCUGAUGUCAUUCCGCCGGAGUAUUUGAAAGAGCUAGCUUUGCUACAAGAUCGCAUUGCUCCCUUUUCGACGGAACUCGCCCUUCAAAUAAUUGAGCAAGAACUUGGGGUUACUGUAGAGCAGCUUUUCACUGAGAUCUCACCACAGCCGGUUGCUGCUGCUUCUCUUGGACAGGUUUACCAGGCACUAUUGCGUGCAAAUGGUGAACCAGUAGCUGUUAAGGUGCAACGCCCUGGGGUUCGAGCAGCCAUGGCCCUUGAUCUUUAUAUUUUGCGUCAACUCGCAAAAUUCGCAAAGACAUCGCUGAAACUCAACACAGAUCUUCCAAGUGUUGUUGACGAAUGGGCUUCAAGUCUUUUCAAAGAAAUGGAUUACCAAGCAGAGGCUCGUAAUGGUUCGCGAUUUCGGAAAAUGUUUGGAAAUUUACCUGAUGUGGUAGUACCAAAGAUGUAUUCAGAGUUAACUAGUCGUCGGGUUCUUGUCAUGGAAUGGGUUGAGGGACAACGAUUGUCAGAAGUCAGUGACCUUCGCUUAGUUGAGGUAGGAGUUUUUUGCUCACUUACACAAUUAUUGGAUAGUGGUUUCUACCAUGCGGAUCCACAUCCCGGAAACUUAUUGCGUACUCCAGACGGCAAAUUAGCUUAUCUAGAUUUUGGAAUGAUGGGUGAAAUGAGGGAGAAUCUUAGAGAUGGGUUGAUUGAGGCCUCAGUCCACCUUGUCAACCGUGAAUACGAACUUCUUGCUGGGGACUUUGUCACUCUCGGGCUCGUCCCACCAACUGCAGAAUUGGGUGAGGUCUCUAAGGCCCUUACAGGUGUGUUCCAAGAUGCGGUAAGCAAGGGCGUUCGGAAUAUAAGCUUUGGAGAUUUGUCAGGGAAACUAGGUGUCACCAUGUACAAAUUUAAGUUCCGCAUUCCUCCCUACUUUUCGCUUGUUAUUCGAAGUCUGACGGUACUCGAAGGCAUUGCGCUGAGCAGUGACCCCAAUUAUAAAGUAUUGGGUAGUUCGUAUCCAUGGAUAGCGCGGAAAGUCCUCACUGAUAAAUCUCCAAAGCUUCGGUCAACUCUUCAAGAAAUAGUUUAUAAAGUUGUUACUACGAUCUUAAUAAUGUUGAGAGUUGUGUAUCAACAGAAUGGCUCUUUUAGAAUCAAUCGCCUGGAGUCACUAUUAACAGAGUCAAUGAGACAGCCACUGAACGACCCGGCAUUGCACAUAAACAGGCCUGCUGAGAAGGAAGAAGUGGAAAUAGAAAGGAAUACUCGGAAUUUUGUGAAACGCCUUCUUAUCUUUGGACUGACAGAGCAGGGUGAUUUCGUACGGGAGUUGAUAUUGGAUGAACUUGCUAAGGGUAUAGAUGCGUUGAAUCGAGUGAGUUUUGAUGCUGCUGCACACAACGUGUUGACACGUUCUCCUAUAGCUCUUCCUUUUGUUGCGCCUGUAACUGAAGAGGAGGAUCUCAAGAACCUAGAAAAUCUCCGGCAGAUCUUGACAGUACUCAUGAAAUCUGGAAAUUCAGGAAGUUCAGGAGUUGGGACUGUAGCAGGCAUGACAGGUGGAAACGCAGUUGCAAUCGAAGAUGCAUCAAUAAACUCUCGUUCUGAUACUCAGGUUGUCAAGAAUACGAACAGUUAUUACCUAGCGGACAGGACACGGUUCGUGAACGAAGACGACAAAAAUUUAGCUCUUUCAAUGGACGACAUCACUGAUAUUGUACAGAGUCUUACUGGUUUGACGCAAUAUUUACCAUUCCUAUCUAUUUUUCCUGAGCUUCCUUUUCAAGCUCGUCAGCAAGCGGUAUUACUACCCGCCGAACUUGCUGGAAGGGUAGCUUCACGUGUUGUUGCUCGCAACAUCAGAGGAACUAUCUCUUCUAUCAGUCAGUCCAAGAAUGAUUAUUAGGGGAUAUCACAAGCUGUUAUGCUCAGACAGCCAGAUUACUACAAGAUCUAUAGUGUUCAUAGUAUGAUUUGAUGUUGUGGAAUUGUAGCUUAUGCCUUCAAAUACAUACAAAUUGGUGCAUAUCUUAACUGAAAGAUCCACUUUAGUUCCACCAAAUUGCUACAUAUUGAGAUAUGCUGUAAUUCAUUCAAGGCUCGUGAAUGAAUACAUUCAGAUUUAGGUUGCUGAAAUUGUAAUGUAAUGUAAUUUUUUAUUUUAUUUUA